AUGGACAAAUUUCUCUCCUGGCGCCAAAACUCGAGUGUUGUUGUUGCACGCACUGACUACAAUCGAGCAAACCAUUCUCAGAAUGCUCGUCAUCUGCCAUCUUCGAAGGAGAGACAGCGAAGAUGCAUGAGCACGAAAUGCAGCUUCCUCGAUCGAUUGCCUGCAGUGUGUUCAUUCUGCUGGUUGUAUGAUAUUGCGUUGGCAACGCUUCGAAGUACCGUCUCAAUGGCUGCCACUGCCUCCGUUUCCGGCUUCCUUGACCCCUCAGACCCCGACGACGAUUCUCUUGAGCAGGUCUGCCACAUCUUGCACUCUGCCCCGGACCCUAGUCCUACUCCUCGCAAACACGGUCGCCCCCCGCGCUCCCUCGCUGAUGUUGUUGUUGCCGACGCCACCCACGCCAAUACUCUGCCACCUUGCCUCCGUGACGAACCUUCUCUCUGUGGCGUUUGGCGGAAGCAUGCGUUUGAUGUUGUCUGGGGGAGGUUGGAGACUCUCAUUCAGGCUACUCUUGAUGAAUAUAACGAUGCUAGCUUCAAAGAAAUCAGUCAGUGGAUACGCAAUCGUCAAUUCUAUGAUGCUCAACAGCAAUUGUAUAGGUGUGCCCGUGUUGCACCCAUUGAUGAUCAUCAGCCACAUACGUCCACAUAUGGUACUCAUGUUGUAGGUUCUUUCAACAAGCAGCUUCACACGGCCUUGCUCUUUCUUGGUGGUGCUGAUUCAUCCGAUCAUCAAGCUACAUUUGACGGACUGUCAAUGCAUCUGAAAUCGCAGAAUUUUCAUGUGGCUCGUCUUGUUGCUUCUGAUUUCCCGAGCAAGUGUCAGAUUGCUGUACCUCUCUAUAGCUUACUGCGGCAAUUCUUGCAGAUCCAGCCCGAGACAGCAGAUAUGGAGAUACUUGCCGCUUGGUAUUCUGAAGCAAGGAACCGCGGUCGUCCUGUGGUUGUUAUGGUGGAACAUAUGGAACGCUGCAGUAUAACAGCACUUGGAGAACUCGUAGUAUUGCUAAGCGAAUGGUCAGCAGAGAUCCCAAUUGUCCUCAUUCUGGGCGUUGCGACGACUGCUGAUGUCUUGCAAAGAUUUCUCCCAUCCAAUGCAGUAUCGCGACUAGUACCAUGUGGUUUCACCUUAAAGUCUCCUCUUGAGAGGCUGGAGUCUGUCUUGAGAGCAGUGCUGGUAGAUUCAUUUAGUGCUUUUGAAAUCAGCCACGCAGUUGUCAAACAUAUGCACAUGCAUUUCUUAAGGCAUGACCUUACUGUUGCAUCCUUUAUAAUGUCUAUUAAGGUAGCGUGCAUGGAGCAUUUCUGCAGUGAACCUUUGAGUUUCUUGAGUGAGUGGCUUUUGAAAAGCUCGUCUCAGGUUGACUUUGAAAAGCAAUGUGCUGCCUUACCAGUUGAAUUACUAAAUUAUGCAGCAAAGCUUUCAUCUGUUGAAAGUUCUGAUACAGGGAUUGAAAAUGUGAGGAAGCAGAUUGCAAGCAGUCUCUGGCUCGUUAAAGAGCAGAAGCAGCUCUGGAGCGUUGCUUUCCUAUGCGUAUUGGAAGUGGGGAAGCAGCUAGGUGUUGGAUUUUUAGAUCUUUUCUGCCAAGCCCUAUGUCCUUCUCCAUCAGCAGGGAGACAUUUGAAGUUUGCGGAGUUGAAUAAUGUGCAACAGCUGAGCACUCCUUCUCUCAGCACUGAAUGGCAUGGUCUUUUCACUAAGCUAAGGGAGCAGACGCCUUCGGUUCUUAAAAACAUAUUGGAAGAAUGGAAGAAGAUUACUUCAACGAUCAAUGAGCUUCAUGCAGAAGUCUGCAGAGUGUACGUCAAGUUUUCGAAUGGGGAUAGCCUAAAUCUUUCAAGUCCUCCCAACCGUUCAAUUUCUGGCAGAAUUGAAAUGGCCUCUGCUCCAAUGAGUUCUAGUGGUUCAGGUCUUCCUGAUACAAUGAAGAGUUCUCUUGUACGACCAUUAUCUGGAGCCUUCUUGGAGCAAACCUCACCAGCGGGUUUACAUUCUGCCCCUAUGGAAUGUUCACCAGAAGGUGGUAAAAUGGCUUCUUCACCGGGAUCAGUUACCCCAUCCAAGAGGUCAGGCACUUCGUGUCUCAACGAAAGCCCACGUCGAACGUCAAGCAGGUUGACGCCAACAAAGAAGCUACCUUCCAACUCAUGCCUACCGGAGAGUCCUAGAAGUCCCGCAGGCAAACCUCCAAAAUCUCCAAUCAAGGCAACAGGUCUACCAAUCAAUGCCCAUGAAAGUCCCAGGCGUCCCAGCACGCGAAGCUUAGCUUUUGAUGGAAAUGUUUCUUCAGUAGUUGGUGACAGAGAGAGCCCAAGAAAAACUCUCAACUCUCCUUCAAAGAUCUCCUUAGACGUAAGGGAAAGUCCGCGAAAGAAGCUUUCGAUGUCUCCAAAAAAGAAAACUACUGAUUCUGAAGGCCAGCAAAGUCAGCAAGCAAUGAGCCGUUCCGACCUUCGAAGAAUGGCAUCUCAGAAUUCAGGCGUGGGUGCAAAGGUCGGGGGUUACCCCUCAAAUGAGUUGGUAGCUGACCUGUUUCAACAUAUCAUCCUUCAAUAUAUGGUACCAACAGAGUCUUUGCCGUUUCAUGAAAUUAUCUGCUUUAAAAACGUGUCCUCGUUGCAGCAGGAAAUGACUGGAGCAACUCGUCAGAAGGUGCAACUGGACUUGUUGGGAUCACAGCUGCGUUUGCAAUGUGAUUGCUGUCAUAGUGACGGUUCCUUGUCAAACUCAAUGCACGACACAAGUCUUGCAUUCCAUCUUACUCAGGAACACAAUGAGCUGAUCAACGUGCACGAUUGGUACCAAUCUUUCUCAAGCGUCUGUUGUCCGGCAAAAGCCGCUUCAGGGAGAGGGAAAGGGAAGAAGGGGAAAACAGAUGGCUCUGAAGUUGACGCAGUUACUAUACAAGCCCGCUUUGCGAGGGCAGCAACAGAGCUUCAAAUUGCUGGACUGCUACGCAUGCCAAAGAAGGGGCGCCCAGAUUUUGCGCAAAGAAUUUGUCUUAGUUGAUUAUUUGAUUUAACGUGCACUUGAGCAAGGUUGAUUUCAAUGAUGAAAGUAAAAUAGAUUACUACUUGAUUAGGUUCUCGAAAUUAGAGGGCGAUUUUGAUAUUUGUUUAUUGAUACUAGCAAUUCGGAUUUUGAAGUUUCCGGUCAUUGGCGAUGGAGCAGUGCAAGUGUUAAUAGAAUUGGCUUUAAAUAACUUUAAUUUUGAAUUCAGGAAAGCAUCGUUUUGUUGAUCAAGAUUAUCUUUUGCCAAGAUAUUCAAUGAAAACAACUUUUCGGUAAGUAAAAAAUAUUAUUUGA